GUUUUGUUUCGUUUUAAACAGAAAAUAAAACCAAAAAAAAAAAAAAAUAACCUUAAUGUUGGAAGACGAUGAACUUGAUUUUGAAGACUUUGGAGAUUUGGAAGAAUAUGAAGGGCAAGGGCUAACGACAGAAGAGCUUGAAAAGCAGUUGGCUCUUGAGUUUGAAGAACCGGGAGAAAAGGAUGUUGUCGUCGAACUGGAUGAAGGUGAAAUCGUAGAAGAUCCUACUCAAAAGGCACAACCUGAGCCUAAAAAGCCGGUAGAAACACAUGCUGUAAAACCAAAGCAACAUUAUAACCACAAUCCUUAUCAACAAAAUUAUUACAACCACCCUCAAUACACUCCAGACAUGAUGCCAAUGAAUAAUAUGUUUCCUUAUCCUCAAUACUCCAAUCGUAUCUAUGUCAAUCCAAAGUUUAACGGUGGAAACAAUCAACACAUGCUCCAACAGCAGCAGCAACUCGCUCAACAGCGUCAAUUUAUGGAAAUGGAAGCCAAACGCAUGACUUUAUUACAGCAUCAACAACAACUUUUGCUUCACAAGUCUCGUCAAGAACAACGUGCUGCCGAACUGGACCAGAAACGUAAAGAGACGGCUGAAAUGAUGAAAAAGAGAAGAGAGACAAAGUCUGAACCCAUGGCUGGUGAUAAACGCAAAGAAAGCAACUCUCCUGAACCUGAUCAUGAACAUAAACGUAUCCCAAGGCAAUCUCCUGCUGGAGGUAUAGCCAUCAAGGGAGCUGCAGCUGCCAGAGCAAAUCAAUCCACAGCAUCUUCAUCGUCUUUAUCACCCAGAAAUGUUCCCUAUACACCUCCCCAUCAUCAUCAUCAGCAACAACACCAACAACAGAAACAACAACAACAACAACAACAACAACAGCAUCACCACAGACCCGAGAAUGGUAUCCGAAGCAGAAUUGGUCAAUCAGAUAUCACUAGUCGUCUUGGUGGUCAACAAGACAAACACUCGGCCGCAUCCAUCACCGAGAACUCCCACUUUGUCCCAAUAGUUACUGGUGGCAAAUCCAACACAUUAACCGUCAACGGCUUCAAGACAGAGAUUAAAGAGGGAGAGAUUAGAGAUAUGGCCAAGGAUGCAAAGGAUAUCAAGAUCGAUACGGAUACCAAAACUGCUACACUUGUUUUCCCUACAGUUGAAGCUGCAGUCACUUUCAGAAGAAAAUACAACAGACAUCAAAUGGGUGAAUCUCGUAUUAAUAUCGUCUUUAAGAAAUAAAUUACAAUCACCACCCACACACUCAUAUAAAACAAAUACAUCACAAAAAAAAUAAAAAUAAAUAUCUAGUCAUUGUAAAUAAAAAGAGUGAGAGUGAGAAGAUCACUCUGUUAAUUUAUACAAGUGCUACUCGUAAUUAAAAA